UUACAGGCAAGCAGUCCAACAACAGGCACAGCGCCAAGAAGCCACUCACAAACAUCUGUGUGUCCAUCAGCUCAGGAUAUAUGUAGAAUCUGUCAUUGUGAAGGAGAUGAAGAAAACUCACUAAUUACCCCGUGCCGCUGUACUGGAACAUUGAGGUUUGUUCAUCAAGCCUGUCUACAUCAAUGGAUUAAGAGCUCAGACACCCGUUGUUGUGAACUCUGCAAGUAUGACUUUGUAAUGGAAACUAAACUGAAACCUUUAAGAAAGUGGGAAAAGCUACAGAUGACAAAAAGUGAGCGGCGGAAAAUAGUCUGUUCUGUAACAUUUCACAUAAUUGCCAUUACAUGUGUAGUAUGGUCGCUAUACGUGCUUAUAGACCGAACAGCAGAAGAGAUCAGGCAAGGCAAUGACAACGGUGUUCUGGAAUGGCCAUUUUGGACAAAACUGGUGGUUGUGGCUAUUGGAUUUACAGGGGGUUUGGUAUUUAUGUAUGUGCAGUGUAAAGUCUACAUCCAGUUGUGGAGAAGACUAAAGGCUUACAAUCGUGUAAUAUUUGUCCAGAACUGUCCUGACACUGCCAGGAAAACCGAAACAAAGACCUACACCAGUAAUCAGAACAAUGAACCUAAGGACUCUGUGUGUGUCCCAGUUUCACAGACUUCUACAAAUCUACAGUCAUGUUCUGAUGUAAGUGUACCUGGAGUAAUGCCUGUUUGAUGAGCGUAGCACUUUUCUUUACUAUAACUGUACCUCUCUAUCAGAUUUGCUGUGUUUGUGAGGAACAGCAGCCGAACUAUGGGAAGGUAGUAAUCUUUUCCCUCAAGGUAUACAGCUGUGACACAGAACUGAAAAUUAGAGUGCUGCCUUGAUAAAAUUGUCAGUGAUUUUAUAGUAAAAGCACUAGCAGAGAACAUAGAGGAGACCAUAGUAAAGAAGGAUAAUAAAAACACUGCAUUUUUGUAUGUCCACAAGGAGGAAAGUAAACUGAUUUUAUUAGUUGUGGGGGAACUUUCUUUUUUAGUCUUGUUAUUUGUUACUGUGUGAAUGAGUUGAAUAUUUUCUAUUGAACAAAAUGAUGUCAAGAAGGCACAAAUGGGAAUUAAGAGGGCACAUUCUGUGAAGUACCACUGCUAGUAUAUUGUUUUAAUGCAUAGUAUUAAAGUCCUUUUACAGUUAUUAAAUUCAGAAUUUUUGACCACUGAGAUUCAGUGUCAACUUAAAAGAGCACUUCAGAUUUGCACAAUAAUAAUAAGAAGCCAAGAUUGGAUACAGCAG